CUCGCGUUGACACCUUCUCCCUCACCUCCUCCGCGACCUCUGCAUCCUAGCGAAACCCACAUCGCGUGUCCACCAUUAUCACCCCAACCUAACCGCGGAGCCCUGGCCGUGACUCGUGCCCCCCUAGCCACUGCAGGUCAACCUAGAGGUUGGUGGUUAGAAGCAAGG